AUGGGCUGGUUCGGCAGCGCCAAGAAGAAGCCAGCCAGGGAGCAAUUCAAGCCGGCGCGCACGCCGCCGAAGACGCCAGAGGUCCGCCAACCGGAAGAACCAACGUCGCCGAACGCCUGGUACGACGAACUCCAGCAGCAAAGUCACCUCGACAGCACCUACGGCGAGUACGAGUCCUGCUCCGACGAUGGCACGGUGACGAUCGGCGAGGUGACGCCGGCGACAUCACCGCGUGGCUUUUUUGAUUCUACGACUCACACGCCGGAAGCGACGCCGCGACGAAGAAAGCGCACGCAAGAUAAGGAGCGGAAUUACUGGUCGAGACGCGAGGCGGUGCCCGACGACCCGCCCCGCGGCAGUAUCCUCUGCAAGGCCCGAGCGCGGCGAGCCUUUGAAGCUGUGGAGCCCGCGGAGCUAAAUGUGGAAGACAACCAAGAAGUCUUGGUGUUGCGGGAGGAGCUGGGCCCCUUGUCGGAGGGGCAGCGGAGCCGCCCGACGACGCCGGGCUGGGUCUUCGCCGUCAGCGACCAGAACUCCGGGUACGUGCCGCGGACCUACCUCGAGGCCGAGGAGGACCUCGCGCAGAGCAUGACAGUAAGAUACGUGUCGAAGGCGGAGCGGAACACGGCCGCAUAUAAUGAAGCCGCGGUCGGCCAGACGACGCAAGGCGACUACUGGGUCCAGAAAAUGGCGGCCGAGCUCGGCGGUGACGCUCCCGACGUGCCGGCGCGGCCGCCGCCCUCAUCACCAGGUAAAAUCGACCCGGUCACUCCAUCGCAAGUCGAAAAAAUGACGGCGCCCAAAUUGAAGGCGGCUCUGAAGCAGCGCGGCCUGUCCACUCAAGGCCUCAAGGGCGAACUCAAGGCCCGCCUCCUGAAGGCGCUGCAGACGACCACGUCCCAAGGCUUGGUGACGCAAGCCGAUAAGCCCAAGCCCGUAGAGAAGGAGGAGCCCGAUCUGCUCGCUCAGCUACUGGCCAAAGAGGAGAAGCCGGCCGACCACCUCGAGCAAGUGACGCGCAAGCCUAUGGAGCGGCGCCGCCCGAGCGUCGAGAACAAUUCAACGUACCAAACCGUCCUCGAGAUGUGCCUCGCGGGCGACGCGGGCGAACCGGAGGAUGCAAAAACCUUCGCCGCGGAAUUCAGAAAACAGCUCGGCAUCUCGGACGCGGCGCACCGCAUCCUAUUGGCGCGGCUCAAGCCCAAUGCGGUCUGGAAGGUGGCACUAGCCGUGGAACCGAUGUCUCAACAAGCGUCGGGCCGCGCGGGCCGCCAGGGCGAGUGGCUUGCCGAGCGGAGGAGGAAAUCCUUUGAGCUCGACAACGCCAAGGCGUGUUUGCUGAGCGCGUCGCAAACGGGCUGUCUUCGCUCGAUCCGCGCUGCGCUCGCAGAGGGUGAAAGAUUAGGUUUGGUGGGCUUCGCGUCCUUCGAAUGCGUGGAAGCCGAAGCUUGUCUGGCUGCGCGCUACGCCGCGGAAGCGCAAGAAAGAUUAGACGACUUGGAACGGGCGCACAAAGAUAAGUUCGCCUUCGACUAUGGGAGGAGAGAUGACCUCGCCGCGCUGACGAUGCAAGCCCGCGCCAACGAAGCCAAAGUCAAGGCCUAUUCUGAGGAUGUGCCGCCGCCGGAGCCGGCGCCGCUCGGAGAUGGGUGGUCUUCCGAGUCGGAAGAGGAAUUGAUCGAGAUACCCGCCAUUCAAGAAAUUGUGGACAAUGAAUCGCUACAGGAGGCGCUCCGGCGCAAACGGCUCGAGUACGUGAGGCGCUGUCGCUCGGACGUCGCGUUUCUGGAGGAGCUGGACGACUGCGUCCAGGACCGGCUUGAUGACUUUGGCGACGAGCGGGGCCACGGCGUCGAGGCGGAAGUGUCGUUUUCGUCCAGACUGCUCGAUGUGUUCCGGGCGCCGCGCAUCAAGUUCGUACGGAACGGCAUUGACCUCAAGCUCGAGGCCAAGUCCAUUCUGCGGGACGAGGUCGCGCCGGCUUUAUGCGCGGCCGACGCCGAGUGCGCCCACCGGAAUCUGGCCCUGAGGGCGACGGUCAACGUCUACGUGCGGAGGAGUGGCGAUCUCACGAGUCGGAAGCAGGCGCAGGCAGAGGCUCUGGCCAAAAGGCGCGCAGAGGUCGUGAUCGAGGAGCUCGUCGCCCACGGCGUCCGGCGCAGUUGCUUGGAGGGCGUGGCGGGCGGCGCGGACGACACCGCCGGCGUGGACUUCGACCUCGGCUUCUACGACGAGGAGCCGCAGCGGGAGGAGCUGUCGAUCGUCCUGGUCGAGAAGGGAGACGACGAGUCGUCGGUCACGUCGCCGUGGCGGCCGGGAGACCCACGAGGAGCCAUCGUGCGCUCUAGCUUCGACGAGGGCUCCGUACUCUCGCGUUCCAGCUACGGCACGAGGGUCUCGUGGGAAAGCCAUUCUAGUCCCCCAAAGUUAUUGCCCCCAAUUUGUUAA